UGCUGAGAAAGAGAGAGAGAGAGCUAAGCAGAUUAGAUUAGGAUCAAUGAAUCCACAUCUUUCUCUAGAGAGAGGGGAAAGAGAUUUACCCUCCUGCCUUAAACUGAAGAACUGAGGAAAGAAUGAUAUCACUCAGCUGAAAGUACAGGAAAGAUGGAAUCAGAUGAAUAGAAGGACCGAUCUUUUACAAAGAUGAGGAAUAGGACAGACAAGAAGAAAGAUAGAAGGAUUAACAGAGACUAUGUGACUGUCAGUCAGGCAGAUGAACAAGAACAAGGCAACUUUCGCCACCAGAAGUUCAGUGUCAACCUUCUGCAGUAAAUAAAUAGGCAAACACAACAGUUGAAAUGUCACUGACGAUGGACGAAACAGCGGGGGACCUACCAGUAAGGGAUGUGGGCCUCAGAGGAGGAGCCAUGAUUGUCACACAAGAACAAGAAACAAGGUCCUGGAAAAGACCUGCACAGGUCUUAAGCCUUAAAGAAAGGCAGCGUGUGUUCAAGGUACCGCGAGAGCAUCUGGAGGAGCAGUGUCUACGCCUGCAGGAAGAAAACACACUGCUCAAACAACACACCCGUAUACAAGAACAGAAACUACGCAGGUUGUCCACUAAGCUACUAAGGCUGAGGUAUGGGCACCCUGGCUCAGCUGGGGGACGGGAGGCUGACACAGAGGACACGAUUCAGGAGCUGGAGACUCGUGUGGCCACUCUGGAGGGUCAGAAAGAGGCGCUGCAGGGCAAACUCAGUGUGGCCAGACAGCAGAUUCUGAGUCUGACUGGACGACCUCACCAUAGACCCCGCACAGCACGAGGUGUAGAAGUGGAUGGAGGGGUCAGACGGGCGGCUCAGACAGCUCCUGCCCGCUAUGCCCACAGCUCCCUGGAGGACACCAGAGAAGAGAUUGAGAAAUUACAUGCAUUACUCAGGUCUAGUGUUCUGGAAACCCAGAAUAUGAGGGUAACAGAGCUUGAGCUGGCUGCUCAGUCCCUCAGAGACACUCUUAAAGAGAAGGAGAGAGAAAUUGAAGACACAGUGAAAGAGUUGCGCAGACAACAAGUCGAUGGACACAGACUCAGCAUAAAAGAAAAUGUAGAUGUGAUCAGACUGCAGAAGCAACUUUCUGAGAAGAGUACAGCCCUUCUGGUUCUUCAGGAGAAGUUUACCAGUCUGCAGGAGGCUUAUGAGGCCAAGCUGGAGGAGGAUCAGAAGUCACUGCGAGAGAGUCAGGGGGCCUUGCUGGGAAAGGUUGAAGAGCUGAGUGAACAGCUGAAAGAGGAAAAGCAGAGAGUGCUGAUGCUGGAAGGUCAGCUCAGUACCGCUGCUCUAUCACUGCAGAGCCUGCAAGAGCUUCAGGAGAAGGUUACAGACCUCGAAGGAGAGAGGAACCUUUUGAAGAAAGGAUAUGAUACUCUUCUGGAGAGCACUUUGUCUGCCCAAAGCCAUCAAGAAGAACACGAGGACAAAGAAAGAGAGCGGGAGCGAAGGAGAGAGGAGAAGCGGAGAGCUGAACUCCAGAGACUUGAGGAGAUACUGGAACAGGAGAGGAGAGAGAGGGACGAUCUCGAAAUAGCAAAAGAAAGGAUGAGACGAGAGCAUGAAAGGACUCUGGAAGAGAGAGAACAGGAGAAGGCUCUGGCCACUGAACUCAGAGAAAAACAUGUCUCUAUGGAGCAGGAAGUUCUACAGCACAAGCAGGAGGCAGCAUCUCUGCAAGAAAAACUGAGCAGAGUAACACAAGAGUUUGAUAUGAGUGUGGAGGACCUUAGUGAAACUCUGAUGCAGAUUAAGGCUUUUAGACUGCAGCUGAAGAGUCAGGAGGGCCUGCGUUUUUUGGUGACUGAGGAGAAGAUGAUGGACUCAUCUCAAGAGCUUUCAGCUCUACAGGCCUCACACGCAGAAACCGUAGUAGAGCUUCAUAAAACCCAACACCUGCUGUUAAUGCAGCAUCGGCUCUGCAAUGACCUGCAGGCAGAGUUAAAACUGGAGCUGGAGAGAGCUGAAAUGGAAAGACAGGAAAAUAGAAAGUGGGCCACUGAAAAAGACAAGUUGUUGAAAAGCAGAGCUCUUCAAAUCAACAGCUUACAAGGUCAGCUUAAAGAUUUUGCCUACAGUCCUAGGAACUACAAUCGAGCCAUACCCCAGCAGUACACGUGGACAGGGGUGGAGCAGGAGGUCAUGCAGCCAAUGGAGGAAAACACCAGCAUCACUCUGCUACGAGAGGGAGAGUCUCUGCUCGAAAUUCAUCUCCUGGGAGCCACAUUUACUCCUGUGGGACUGAGAACCAUGAAACAGGACAGAGCUGGGGACACCAGGGGGCAGCAGGAAGUUGUAACAUUCUGCACCUAUGCAUUCCUAGACUUUGAGAUGCACUCAACACCACUGAUUUCAGGCUCUCAGCCUAAUUAUGGCUUCACGUCCUCCUACACCCUUUCUGCCCAUGAUCUCACCAAGCUCGGAGGUCAGGGAGCGUCUGUGCAUGCUGAACUACACCAGGCUCUGGGAGGGGUGCAAUUCAUAACCAGGGGCAGAGCGAGGAUUCCCCUGGAGGGGGUGCUGCAGCGCAGAGGAGAACAAAUAAAAGGAAGAGCUAACCUGACAGGUUCUGAGGGGGAGAUAUUAGGGGUCCUGGAAUUCUGGGUACGUCUACAUCCUCAAAUCGAGCCAAAAGAGGCUCACAAAGACAGAGCCACAGACAGAACAGCUGAGAGAUGGGCCACACACAAACCUAUGGACUGGAGUCACAUACAGCCAGAGACUCAGGAGAUAUUUGACUAUGGUGGAGGGAUACCGAAUGAGCUGGAAGUGGUACUGGAACGCUGUGUGGGUCUCAGCUCACGCUGGCCAGGACUUCUCCCAGAUUCUUAUUUAACUUAUCGUCUUUAUGAUCUGCCACCACACUCCACUCCCACAGUACUGUGCUGUGAAGACCCUGUGUUCUCAGACUCUACCACCUACCCACUAGCAGUUACAGCAGAUCUGAUGGAAUACCUGAAGGUGGGCACCCUUUGGGUUUAUGUGUUUGACGACAGUGAAGGCCGGGCUCCCCAAACUUACCUGGCCAAGACUCCAGUCCCACUCCAGCCCCUGGCAGCUGGAAGACCAAUUAAAGGUGAUUAUGUCCUGAGGGACCCUGCAGGGGCACCUAGAGGUACAGUGAGGGUACAUCUUCAGUGGAGGUAUCCUUUCCAAACGCCAGAAGCUCCAUCUAGACCAAGUGGAAAGGAGAGAAGAGUGAGGGAAGAAGAAAGGCUGGGAAAAACUGAACACAGGACUGAAGUGUCACACAGGCCUAUUGCUAAACCCAGGUUAAAAACAGCGCAACAGAAACUGAGCCCUCGGAAAGAUGACAGAGACCAAUUUGUACCACGUCCUCCACCAAUCAAAAUACACAGACCUGAUAGCUCACCUGCUCAAAGCGUUCGACCCAAGACCACCAGGUCACCUGAUUCUGACCGUACUACAGAUCUGCGAUCACCUGUCUCAACAACAAGCAGCUAUCAAAGAAGAUCAGCAAGCGAUACGAGUGUACAAGAUGUAAUAGAAGUAGAAGAGGAAGAGGAAGAGGAGCAGCAGUCUGCAAGUGCAAGAGUUCUAGAGGACAGUGAUAUCCCUGAGUCUGAGGAAUCGAGUGGCAGUGAUGUAAUCAUAAUCCCUCAACCACCAAAACCUAUCAAAAAGGGUGACAGACUCAGAGUGGAGAUCUUAUCCCUCUUAUUUGACCCUUCCUCCAGUGUUGCCCUGGACCAGUCAGUGCAGCAAGUCUAUGUAGAAUAUCGACUCUUAGGCAUUCCUAUGGAGACCACCGAGACCCCCAUGUCUCUGCGGAAACCAACAAAGGGAGAGGAAGUACAUUACAACUUCUCCAGAGUCAUACACGUGGACUCCAUGGAGGCGGCUCCUCUGAGGCACUACCUUUACACUAUGCUGGAAGGCACUGAUCCCAACAGUGGCAGGUUAAAGUUCACUGUGGUCAGUGAGCCACUGAACGAUGAAGAUGAGUGUGAGGAUGUUGGCCAAGCCUAUCUGGAUCUCCAGGAACUUCUGCUUACAGGAAAUGACGUAGUUGAAAAGCAAAUCGACAUCAUCAGUAUGGAUGAAGAGCAGGAGCUGGUGGGGAAGCUGCGAGUGUCUCUGGAAGCGGCUCAGGCUUUAACAGGAAUCUACUGGGAGUAUCAUGACCAGAAAGAGAAGAAGGAGGUAACAGAGGAAACAGAGGACACAGAGGAAAAUGAAGAAGAAGAGGAGGCAAGAGAAGAGCCUAUGAAGAAAGGCAAGAAGAAGCAAGUGGCUGAUUUAGAUGUUGAUGAUGACUCUUUCUAAAGGAAAGAUAUAAAUGGAGUAUUUAUUUAAAUGUAAAUGUAAAUAAAAAUCUCAGGCUGCUGUAAUGCUAAGAAAAGUGUUUUCUGCUGUAUGCUUCUCUGCUUAUACUGAUACAAUGUGCAUCAUUCACGUACAGUGUUACUGGAGUUUGGAAUUAAAUACAAAAAUGACAAA